UCCCAUUUCAAUCUAAAUUCAAUAUAGAAUUUAAACUCUGUUUUAUAAUAGAUUUAAAAAUCUAAAUCGAUUUUUCAAACUCUCACAACUCAAUUAUUAAAAGAUGAAUAAUUCAAUUAAAAAUAAGCAAAACUCAGAAUAGGCAUUUAUUUUCUGAAGAAGAUAUACCUAUGGCUAAUAUGCACAUGAAAAACUGUGCAACAACCUCAUCAGGGAAACACAAAUCAACAUCACAGAAAUUCACUCAGACCUGCUUGGAUGGCAGGAACCAAAAAAAAAUUCAGAUUUGGGGGAGGAUGUCAUAAUAUUGAAACCCUGACACCUGGCUGACAAAGUAUAAAAUGCUGCAGCCAUUUUUAAAGACAGCCUGCCAGAUUUUCAAGUGGUCAAACAUAGAGCUAUCAUACAGUAAGCAAUUCAACUCCUAGAGAAAUAAAAAUAUGUCCACAAAAAAUUAGGUACAUAAAUCUUCAUAGAAACAAUAUUCAGAAGAGCAAAGGGGUAGAAACGUUCCAGAUGUCCAAGUACACAUGAGCCUGCAUGAGCUGGAAAAAGUAAUGAAAUACUGACACAUGCUAGAAUUUGGAUGAACCAUAAAAGCGUCAGGCUAAGGGAAGGAAAGAUAACCACGAGGUCCACACAUUCUGCCACUCUGGUCAUAUGGAAGUUUACAAUAGAAAAUCAGUAGAGACCAGAAAAGGAGACUAAUCAUUCCUUUAGGCUCUGCAUAGGGGAAGGAGAAAAUAGUUGUUAAAGGAUGCAAGGUUCUUCUUUGGUGUAAGAUAUACGCUCCAAAACUGACCUUGAUGAUGAGCAAAUCACAGGGUUGCUAUAUUAAAAGGCUCAGAACUUUAUACUUUUAAAUGGAAGGAUAUAUUUAAGUAUACAUUAUAUCCCAAAUCACAGACACUAUUUAUGCCAAAUAUAAGAAUCAAUCAAGGUCCACAUAUGUCUAUUUAUGAAAUAAUUUUCUGGUAGUUGAACAUUGGGAAAACCUACACUUCUCUCCCUUGGAAGUUGAAGGGAAGAAGCAAUCCAUCUGUACUUUAAUAAAGCAUGUCUAUAUUGUGUAGAAUUUGCAGGUUGAAACUUUGCAUUGUCUACUCAUUUGUUACUCUAUACUGUGUAUGGUGGAAAAUAUGUGCAUGCAAAACAGUCCCCAGGUUAUUUUUGAGACAUUUUUACCCCUCAAUGUGUGUUCUCGGGUUAAAUGUUGAGUACACUAUCUCAUUUGGUUAUUGACACAGCGGCAGCAGCAUUACAUACUCAACACCAUGGGUGAGAAUUUACUUUUGUACUUGUUUUCAUACAAUACCUCAGUGUUUUGUCCAUACACAUGAAAGCAACUUAGAAAAAGAAGCCAGUGAUUGACGUUCCAUAGUUUAGUCCACAGGUCUUGGAGAAUUUUGCCUUUAAAUCUGAAAAUGUAAGGCUCCAUGAGACCGCACGGUGGCGCUGCAGGUUAAGAAGACAGAUCAUAGAAAUUGCUUCUGUAAUUCCCUCGGCAGGGCCAGUUUCUCACCAUCUAGAAGCAAAGGCUGUGCCUUUUUCGGCCAAAGCAUAGGCGAGUGUGAAACCUUAAAUAUUCUAUUUGGAGGCUUGACUCUCACGAUCUGGACUGUGAGAUAGUGCUGUCACGAUCCUGGACAUAUGUGAAGCUACUGUGAAGCAAACGCCGAGGAAAGAGCCAUGGAGACUGCGUGGAUGUGCAAUCUGAGACAAAGGCAAGUCCUGGCUUUCCUUGUUUUGCUGCAUGUGUCUGGGGCAGGGGCAGAACUGGGUCCAUAUUCCAUAGAGGAAGAAACAGAGAGGGGAUCCUUUGUGGCAAAUCUUGGGAAAGAUCUGGGGGUGGAACUGGCAGAGAUAUCCAGUCGCAGGGCUCGGAUCAUGUCCCAGGAAAACAAAGAGCAUCUGCAGCUCAACCUUCAAUCUGGAGAUUUGCUCAUAAAUGAGAAACUGGACCGAGAGGAGCUAUGUGGCCCCAUUGAGCCUUGUGUUCUACAUUUCCAAGUGUUAAUGGAAAACCCUUUAGAGGUAUUUCAGGCUGAACUGAGGGUGAUAGACAUAAAUGACUGUUCUCCAGUGUUCAGUGAAAGAGAAAUGAUACUGAGAAUACCAGAAAACAGUGCUCUGGGAAAUACGUUCCCUUUAAAUAAUGCUCUGGACUCAGAUGUAGAAAUCAACAAUAUCCAGACCUAUAGGCUCAGCUCAAACUCUCAUUUCCUGGUUGUAACCCGCAACCGCAGUGAUGGCAGGAAGUACCCAGAGCUGGUGCUGGAGAAAGAACUGGAUCGAGAGGAGGAACCUGAGCUGAGGUUAACUCUGACAGCUUUGGAUGGUGGCUCUCCUCCCCGGUCUGGGACGGCACAGAUUCUCAUUGAAGUAGUGGACACCAAUGAUAAUGCACCCGAGUUUCAGCAGCCAACAUACCGAGUGCAAAUUCCCGAGAACAGCCCCACUGGUUCUCUGGUACUCACAGUCUCAGCCAAUGACUUGGACAGUGGAGAUUAUGGGAACGUAUUGUAUGCACUUUCUCAGCCUUCAGAAGAUAUUAGCAAAACGUUAGAAGUAAACCCUGUAACCGGAGAAAUUCGGCUACGAAAAGAGGUGGAUUUUGAAACUAUUCCCUCUUAUGAAGUGGAUAUCAAGGCCACGGAUGGGGGAGGUCUCUCAGGAAAAUGCACGCUGUUACUGCAGGUGGUGGACGUGAAUGACAAUGCCCCAGAAGUGAUGCUAUCUGCUCUUACCAGCCCAGUCCCAGAAAACUCCCCGAACGAGGUAGUUGCUGUUUUCAGUGUUAGAGAUCCUGAUUCAGCGAACAAUGGAAAAAUGAUUGCCUCCAUCGAAGAGGAUCUUCCCUUUCUUCUAAAAUCUUCAGGAAAGAACUUUUACACUUUAGUGACCAAGAGAGCACUUGACAGGGAAGAAAGAGAGCAAUUCAACAUCACCAUCACUGUCUCUGAUCUGGGGACACCCAGGCUCACAACCCAACACACCAUAACAGUGGCGGUCUCUGACACCAAUGACAACGCCCCCGCCUUCAACCAAACCUCAUAUACCCUGUUCGUCCGCGAGAACAACAGCCCCGCCAUGCACAUAGGCACCAUCAGCGCAACAGACUCAGACUCAGGCUCCAAUGCCCACAUCACCUACUCGCUGCUGCCGCCUCACGACCACCAGCUGGCCCUCGACUCGCUCAUCUCCAUCAACGCAGACAAUGGGCAGCUGUUCGCUCUCAGGGCUCUGGACUAUGAGACCCUGCAGGCCUUCGAGUUCCACGUGGGUGCAAUAGACCAAGGUUCGCCCGCACUCAGCAGUCAGGCUCUGGUGCGCGUGGUGGUACUGGAUGACAAUGACAAUGCGCCCUUCGUGCUCUACCCGAUGCAGAAUUCCUCUGCGCCUUGCACAGAACUGUUGCCCAGGGCAGCGGAGCCCGGAUACCUGGUCACAAAGGUGGUGGCUGUGGACCGCGACUCUGGUCAGAAUGCCUGGCUGUCAUUCCAGCUGCUCAAGGCUACGGAACCCGGGCUGUUCAGCGUGUGGGCUCACAAUGGCGAGGUGCGCACCACCAGGAUGCUGAGCGAGCGCGAUGUGCCCAAGCACAGGCUGCUGCUGCUGGUCAAGGACAAUGGCGAUCCUCCGCGCUCUGCCAGUAUCACGCUGCACGUGCUAGUGGUGGAUGGCUUCUCUCAGCCCUACCUGCCUCUGCCAGAGGUGGCGCGCAAUCCCGCGCACGAAGAGGAUGCUCUAACACUGUACCUGGUCAUAGCCUUAGCAUCUGUGUCUUCGCUCUUCCUUUUGUCUGUGCUGCUGUUUGUGGGGGUGAGGCUGUGCAAGAGGGCCAGGGCGGCCUCUCUGAGUGGUUAUUCUGUGCCUGAGGGACACAUUCCAGGCCAUCUGGUGGAUGUCAGAGGUGUGGGGACCCUGUCCCAGAGCUACCAGUAUGAUGUAUGUCUGAUGGGCGAUUCUUCUGGGACCAACGAGUUUAACUUCUUAAAGCCAGUUCUCCCUAGCUCCCUAGACCAGUGCUCCGGUAAAGAAAUAGAGGGAAAUUCCACACUCCUCAAUAGUUUUGGAUUUCAUCAUUAACAGAAAGCUUCUUAACAGUAUUUACUUCCCAAUAUUGUCUUGUUGAUUAGCUAACGUCUGUUCACCUGUGACUAGCAACAAUUUUAAUUUUCACUUUGCCCAUCCUUUUUCAGGCUCAGGCCUAAUGUUUGGUUUUACUCAUAUUUGUCCCACAGAUAUUUCAUAGGAUCUCAGAAAAACAAAAUGUUUUCUCUGCAGUUAGUGCAUUCACUGAAGCUUUUCUUCCUCAUUUGCUCUCCAUGUUUUAUGUUCCUAGACUUCUUGAAUUAUUAAAAUACUGUGUUGCAUGCUAUAUACAUAUAUAAUAGUUGGUAUUUCUGCAUUUCCUUUCUAUACUGCCAGACUUGAUGAUUAGCCAUCUUUGAUUUUUGUUAUAUAUAAUAGUUGUCUUAAGUUAUGCUAGUAUUUUAUAGUUUUAUUUUUCUUUGUUUAUAUAUCUUGAUUUAAAAAUUAAUUUCUGUCAUAAGUGAUACAAGUAUCUAGUGAACCUGAAAAUAAGAAUAGUAUUGUAAGAUUUUGAGUUUGUGUAGAUGUGCCUAAAUUUGUGAAAAUCGAGGCAAUUUUGGCAUUAGAAGGCAUCAAAUAAAAGUAUAUAAAUUUUUCUUUUAAUUCUGCAUGAAAACCUAGAGAUCAGCGUUGAGUUGUCAAUGGCUUACAAUCCAGUCACACUCUUUUGAAUAAACAAUGUAUAUUUAUCAUCA